AAGAUAUUAAAGUGCUUCUAGAUACAUAAUGAAUUAAUGAAUUUAAUGUGAAAACUUGAGUGUGAAGUAAAUUUUAAGAUUUUACUGCAAUUUUUUGUAAUAAAAAUCUGCAGACCACUGCAAAUUAGUUUAAAAAUGUCAACUCGAAGAUGGUUUCAUCAAGGAAUCUCGGGAGUUGAAGCAGAACAAUUGCUCUUAGAACGCGGUAUAGAUGGUUCAUUUUUAGCUCGUUUAUCGUCGUCAAAUCCCGGUGCAUUUACAUUAUCCGUACGAAGAGGGCAAGAAGUGACACAUAUUAAAAUCCAAAACAAUGGAGAUUUUUUCGAUCUUUAUGGAGGCGAGAAAUUCGCAACAUUAUCGGAGCUCGUUCAAUAUUACAUGGAGAAUCCGGGACAGUUGCGUGAGAAGAAGACCGGCGCUAUAAUCGAACUCAAACAACCAUUAAGCUGUGCAAUCGAGCCAACGACAGAACGUGACUUUGUUGUUGGUGAAAUUAUUUCCUUUCCUGUAAUUUCACGUCGUAAACUGCAAAUUAAUACACAAAAAAAAAAUACUGCAAAAAUGUUGAAGAAGUAUGCAAUGAAAGUAAGCAACACAUUCAAUACAAUGAAUUACAUUCGACCGACAAAAAGCAACAGAUCAUCUACAAGUGAUGAUGGUGGUGAUAGUAGCAGAUGCUCAUCAAUCGAAUGCGAUAGUAAUUACGAUCAAAAUGAAUUAAAUCGAAAUUUAUUUAUUGAAAAUUAUCUAAUUGGACGUGGAUCGACACCGCAUGGCAGAUCAAAUAGUCUGUCAAUUGCUGAUGAUGUCUUGAAAGAUGUUCCAAUGAAGCGAAAUAAUCGCAGAAAAUCUCUCAUCGAGAAGCGCGAUGAACGACUGAAAAUUAAUCGUAAUUAUUUUCAUAAUGAAAAAUUAAGUGACAGUAAAGCUGAUCGUGCCAUUCUGAGACAUAAAAUGUCGAAUUACGAACGUCAUGGUGAUGAAUAUUUCAAUAACUUUUAUGAUUUGCACGACGAAAAGAGUCUCGGCUGUGAUAUAAUUGAGACAUCAGCACCGACGUGGUUUCACGGUAAUUUAUCAGGACGUGAUGCUGAAAAAUUAAUUCUCGAACGAGGACGUAACGGAUCAUUUUUGGUACGUGAAUCUCAAUCAAAGCCGGGUGAUUAUGUGCUGUCUGUUAGAAACGACGAUAAAGUAACACAUGUGAUGAUUCGAUGGCAGGACAACCGACAUUACGACGUUGGUGGAGGUGAACAAUUUUCGACAUUAAGUGAACUAAUCGAACAUUAUAAAAAGAAUCCAAUGGUCGAGACAUCCGGAACAGUCGUAAAACUUCGUCAUCCAUUCAAUGCGACAAGAAUAACUGCGGCUAGUAUUGAUUCACGUGUUGAAAUUCUGCAGAGAGAUCACGGGCCUGGAUCAUGCUUUGGAAAAGGAGGCUUCUGGGAAGAGUUUGAGUCAUUACAACAACAAGAAUGUCGACAUUCUUUCUCGCGUCAUGAGGGACAGAAGCCAGAGAAUCGCAGCAAAAAUCGAUACAAAAAUAUUCUACCUUUCGAUCAUACGCGAGUAAUAUUGAGAGACGUAGAUCUGUCGCAACCCGGAGCGGAUUAUAUUAAUGCAAAUUAUAUUAGAUUAUUGGAUGGUGAUCAAAAUACAGAUAUAACCUCAAUGGCAUCUAUAGAGAAUUUAAAUUCAUCUUAUGCAACAUUAAGUAAUCACGGCAAUUUUAAAUGCGGCAAUUGUCAGCAAUUGAAUAAAAUGUGCGUACAAUGUGCCAUUGAUAAUGGAAGUAUGGCAAAUAAUAAGCAUAAACGUACCGAAUCAUUAACAUCAAUUCGAACAAACUUUAGUUCCAUAUCGAAUGUCGGCAAUGGUAGUAAUUUAAAGAAAGGUGCAGAUGAGUUUGUGAGUAAAACAUAUAUUGCGACUCAAGGAUGUCUGCCAAAUACGAUAGAAGACUUUUGGAAUAUGAUAUGGCAAGAGAAUACACGUGUAAUUGUUAUGACAACAAAAGAAAUUGAAAGAACAAAGAAAAAGUGCGAAAAGUAUUGGCCGGAUCCAGGUCAAUCACAGCAAUGGGGUUAUGCGAAAGUGACAUGUCUGAAUGAGACAUCAGCAAAUGACUAUACACUUCGUGAAAUGCUCUUCUCAUGGCGUGGACGUGAAGAACGUAAAGUUUUUCAAUAUCACUUCCUCGUAUGGCCUGAUCAUGGAGUUGCAGAACCAGGCUGUGUCCUAAACUUCCUUCAAGAUGUCAAUGCACGACAAGAACAAUUAGUAAGCGAUGGCGUCAAUCCAGGCAGUAUAUGUGUUCACUGUUCAGCCGGUAUUGGACGAACGGGAACAUUUAUUGUGAUAGACAUGAUUCUCGACCAAAUUGAUCGCGAAGGACUCGAUUGUGAAAUUGAUAUUCAUCGAACAAUCUUAAUGGUGCGAUCACAGCGAUCCGGUAUGGUGCAGACUGAAGCUCAAUAUAAAUUUGUGUAUUAUGCCGUACAGCAUUAUAUUCAGACAAAGCUACAACGUAAGAGAGCGGAGCAAGCAUCAAUGCAAGUCGGACGAGAAUAUACGAAUAUUAAGUAUGAUGAUGUUCGUAGUCCAUUGCCUCAACUUAACCAAAUGAGUUUAUACAACAAUAAUAAUAAUAACUCAACUAGCAGUAACAUAUACCAGCAAUCAUCGAGUAUAAUUGAACCAUUACCAUUUCAUCAUCGAGUAGUUCCGAUUCCUCCAUCGCGACAACUCAUCUCUGACUUCAAUUCAUCAGCUUAUGAGAAUUUGGAUGGUAUACCAACAAGACCACCCAGAAAAUCUUGACAUGUUAAUGUUUAAAGUGUCAAUUUUUCAUUCAUAACGAGAGAAAAUUAUUCAUAUGCGAAUUAAAAAUUAAAAAUAAAAAACAGUUGGAAGUUGACAAGCGAAAGAAACACAAAGAUGAUUUUAAGUUGCACAUACACGGCUCGCCCGCGCGCUCCAAAAUGAAACCAAAAAGAAUAAAUUUUUUUAUAUAUUUUAAUUAAUUACUAAACCUUUUUUUAUCGUUUGUAAGAAUAUUUUAAAAAAUUUGUAAUGUUCACUAAAAGUGGUUUUAAUUUUUAAAAAAUUGAAAAAAAACUCAUUUUUGAAAUUGAGAAAAUAUUUCUUUAAUGACAAUUCUACAUUCUGUCCUUUGUAUGAGUGAUGUGCUAAAAUGUAAUGAGAUAUAAAAAAAAUAAUAAUUAUGAAAAUUGAUGAUGAUAAACUAUGAUUAGUAAUGAUGUAAUUUAACCUUUUAGGCCUUUAAUGAAUUAAUCUCUCAAACGAAAUUUUUUGUACAUGAUUUAUGUUACAUCAUUUAAUACUUUUGUAAGUCAUUAUCAUUCAACACAUUAUCCACAACUUUUUACUUGUGAUUUAUGAUUAAAAAUUUAUGAUUUUAUAUUAUUAUUAUUAUUAUCGUCUUUUUCACUUUUUGAAAAAAAAAAGAAAUUUUGAAAUUCUUUGCAACUCAAUGCACAUAAGUUUUUAGAUUGUACUCACUUUUUGGAGAAAUUAAACUCUUGAUUUGUUCACUUGUGAUAGGGAUGGACAUAGAAAUUGGGAUGCUACUAAGUCAAACGGAGUUUGAGGAGCUAAUCAAUGCUUUUAUAUUGUUUUGAAGCUGAUCUAAAUUGAAAUAGGUUAUUAAAAAUUUCAAGUUUUAUCUAAAAUCCUAGAAAUUAUUAAGUUUCCAGAAAUCUGAAGCAUUAGCGUCAACAAAAGAGUUCAAGUCAAAUGUCACCAUUCUCCUCAAUCAUAACUCCAAAGAUCUUCAUUAAGAUUCAAAAAUCCCAAUUUACUAAUCGAAAGUAACCCAAAAAGUGGGCUAAAGUCAUCCAGACUCGAUGACUAUUUUUAAAAUUAAAGCUUUUAAAGUGAUUAUAUGAAAAAUAUUAUUUUGAAUUUCGUUCAUAUAUUUUUUUUUUGUUAAUUAAUUAAUUAAUUUAGAGGUGAUGAAAAGUUUUCUAUGAAAGUGAAAAAAGCCUCGUCAAAAACAUUUUUUUUUGUAUUUAAGUUUUUUUUAAAAAGAAAAGAAAAACUUUUGUUAAUUUAUUAUUGUAAUUAGAAAAAAGAAAAAUAAUUUGUAAGUCGAUUAAAAAAUGAUGAUGAAGAAGGGCCUCAAGUAAUUGUAAAAACCGUAAAAAAAUUUCAUUUAUUAAAAACUAAACAACACGAUCGCAUUUUAAUUGAAUGUGAAUGUUUAAAAGAGUCAAAAUUAAAAAAAAAAUCAACAUUUUACUAUUAAUGAGAGGCAAUAAAGUGGUGUAAUUUUGAAGAGAUUGUGGCUUAAUGUUUGUUACAUAAAAGAUUGAUAAGACAGUUGUAAAAAUUAUCAGUUCAAGGAUUGAUCAUUGAUGUUAUCAAAUCUAUUUAGACAGAUCUUUCAAAUUUCUCAAAAAUUCUCAUGUAUGAACUUACUUUACUGUCUAAUUAAUCAAAAUUUCUAAGAGUUUCUCAAAACAAUUGCAAAAUCAGCUACUUUAUUGCUUCUCAUCAUUUAAAAGAACUUCCUUAAAAAAUCGUCACUAGCUCAACAGAAGAAAUUAAUAAAUUGAAAAUUUAUAAAAAUUCCCCUUUCUUGUCCUCGAUAAAAUUUAAAGAAUUUAAAAAAUCAAUCCUAAGAGAGGAGAAGGAUUUGUUAUAUUUGUGGAGGGAGGAGGUGUCUAUUAAGUUCCUUAAUGUGCUUUUUGAAUUAAUAAAGCUAGCUUUAAUAGCUCAAAAUCUUUCUGUUUUGGCUAAAAGAUGUAAUUUCAUGGAAUACGUGGUUUCGAUUCCACUAUAAACUGUAGAUCUAUGUUCUGACGAACUCUCACUUUUUGAACUACUAAUAAAAUUGGAGUGCAUAUAAAAUGAACAGCUAUGGAACUUAUUAGAUCUGAACAGCUUAAAAUUUAAAAAUAGAACAGAUUAGGACAGCAAAUAAUAGAUUCUGAUAUCUAUCAAAGCACUUUAUCCUCCCUUCCCUCUACAAAAUAAAAGAAACCUUCCCGCUCAUAAAAAAAAUCCAUAAGAAUUAACUUUGAAAUGAUAAACUAGAGACCAGCAAUUUUUAAAAAAAUAAACUGAAAAGUCAAAUCCUGAAAGAUACAAAGAAAUAAGAGAAGAAAAAAAUCAUAUUAAAAAUACAUAAAUACCUACAAUACAUUAUAUAUAGAAUCAUAUAUGAUAUAAAAGAAAAAAGUUUAAAGAAAAUGAGAGAAAUUUAGAAUAAUUUAUGAGAAAUUCGAGGUUUAAAGAUCGCAUUUUUUUCGCAUAUUUAUUGAUGUUAUACGAUGUGUAUAUUUGCUAUGCUGUGUGGUUAUGAUGGUUUAUUAAGAGAUAAAGUUUUAGGCGAUGGGGACGUAAUUUUCGAAUCUAUGUGGGUGAUGUUGAUGCUUAAAAUUUUAAGAUUCAAUUGAGGAUCAUGCUGCCAUCUUGUACAACAGGUGUAAUUUUUAUGGGAAAUUCAAAUAUUUUACAAAAAAAUCUUCAAUUUCUUAAAGUUUACGAGAUAAUCCACUAUGAAUUGUUGGAAGUCCCUAAAAUGUGAUCUUUAAAAUCUCAGACUCAUAAAUCAUUUAAAUCAUAAAUAAAUCCCAGUAAAUGAAAAUAUCUAUAUUUUCUCAAUAGAUCCCAAAAGAAAAUGGCUUUAAAUGUUUAGUAAAUCCUCACGUUAAUAAGAUUUAAACUGAUUGUAAAAUGAUUCCUGAAAUAAAGAAAAAAAAAUCAUUGAAAAAUAUAUAAGAAAAGAAUUUGAGGCAAAUAACCCUUGAGAAGUUGAAAAAUAAAAAAAAAAGAUCCAGUGAAG